AUGAUGUAUUGGUGUGAUAUUGAUUCUAUGAUAGCUACAACAGAAUAUAAAUUACCAUUACCAUCAUUAGUAAAUGAAAUUAAAUUUGAUAGUUAUUUAUUCAUUACAUAUCACGAUUUAUUUAAAAAACAAUUAGCUGAUUUACAACAAGACCUGAACAAGAUAAAGUUAUAUCUACGUUUUAAAGAUAAUUUUUCAACAUAUCAUUCGUUUUUAUACAGCAAACGUUUUUCUUGUGCAAGUUACUUAGCGUCUUAUACUGAUAACAAUGAACGAAUCGAGUACGCCAAAAUUAUUGUUUUUUAUUUGUAUGAAAAUGUUUGGUAUUCAUUUAUACAACAGUAUCAACGUGCUGCUAUCAAAUUAUCUGAUUAUCUUGAUAUUCCAGAUGAAUUGAAAGAAACUGUGGAUCUAUUUUAUUCUAUUUGUAUUCUCAGUGACGAUUUUGUUGCUAUUCCUAUGUUGUCGAAAACGAAUGCUUAUCGACGACCUUAUCGUUCACAACGCUCCGCACAAGAAGAAAAAAAGUUUUGUUGUAUUGUCUACAUCGAUGAACCAUCCAAAUACAGCAUUGUUGAAUCAAAACGAUUGAUUGAUAUCGAUGAGCAUGGAUACGGUACUAUCAAAGAGCUUGGUAAAAGUUAUGAUGUUCAUGUUGAACAAACAGGUAUUUUUCUACCCAUCGCAUUGAAAUAA